GGGAAUUUGAGGAGACACAGAGAGUGGAGAAAAUGGAGAUUGUGGCUAAAUUGCUUUUGGAACAGAACAUGAAGGAAAAGAGUAGAAAAUCUCCUGGUGUGAAACUUCACAGAGAACCUACUACCUCCAGCACAUUCAAGGAGAGAGUGUUGAUUUACAGUGAUAUUAGUUCCUCUUUAGAUUCUGCAGAACUGGAGAAGUGGAGGGAGCAUGGAGAAAUAAAGGAUGAAGAUGAAGCACAGAUGAGCCUGGCCCAGCCUGAGUUCUCUGGCCUUUGGGAACACAAACUCAAAGUAAUGUAUAUGGCAACACCAGAUGAAAAUAUUCAACUUGAAACAUUUUAUCCCACCAUAAAGAUGGACAUGAAUAAAAGUUUGGUUUCAAAAUUGUCAAAAAAGCCUGUAAAGAGUAGAGAAUCAAAAGGACCACCAUUCAUCAGCAAACCAAAGGUUAUUCUAUUUAAGGAUUGCGAUGUUGGGAAGAUCUACAAGAAGAAAGUCACUCUCACAAAUGUCACAUACGCUACUAAUUACUGCAAGCUGUUGGGAGUGUCAGAGAAUCUUAAAGAUCAUGUUUCAGUGAGUUUUGAGCCACCAGGGCCUAUGUCUGCAGGCAUGACUUGUGAACUAGAGGUUAUAUUUAUACCUUUGCUUGAUGUGGAUUUGGGUGGAAUGAUUCAUUUUCAGUCAGCUACUGGCCCUUUUUCUGUUUCCAUUAAGUGCUCCAAGAAAAAAUGCCAGGUGGUUGUUGAUGAGUGUCUUGUGAAUUUUGGUGCUCAUGUGGUUGGACAGAAAGUUUCACGAGUAAUCACCUUAACAAACAGAGGAGCCUUAGGCACUCGUUACAUGCUGACCCCAAUCACCAACGGCCCCUUUCAGCAGUCCUUCACAAACAAACUGGUUUAUGGUAAAACUGACAGUGCUGAGAUGUCCAGUGUAAAUGUAGAGAACACAGCAGAAACCCCAUCAGGCACAGAGAACACAGGAGAAAUCGAUCACACUGACCUUAAACCAGGUGUUGGCAGUCGUAGCCCUGAUGAGGUUCUGAUGGCUGAUCCAGGAUUAGUGGAGACUAGCAGCUUCGAGUCAACUGAGUUUAGUGUUGGAGAGGCUUAUGUUGGUGAUGUCGGCCCAUUUAUGAGUGUCAAACUACCCAUCAUCUUCACACCAAUGAUUCCAGGGGAGGCAAAACUGGAUUUCCAAAUCACGUUUUCUCAACCUAGUUGUGAAUCGAUAGUGGUUUCAGUUUGUGGGGUGGCAGAGAAUGCACCUGUAUGGAUGACCAAGCCAAAUAUUGACCUAAAAAUCUGCAUGUUUGAUCGGCUAUAUCAGGACAGCAUCGAAGUUCAAAGCAGGGCCAGCACAGCUCUGAGAUUGACAUUCAAGGUGUGUAAAGAGAUGAGGAACCAUAUGUCCAUCUUGCCUAAAACAGGAUUUAUUCAGGCCAAAUCCAGCUUCAGUGCUCAGCUGAAAUUUCAGCCCAGACAGAGCUUGUAUGCAGAUGCAGCACGUUUCUUCAAUAAAGACACAGGAGUUCUAGAGGUUCCUCUGACUGUACAAAUAGCUGACCAGGUGAAGCCUGUCCUGUUUAUGGUCCAUGCGGUUGUCACCAGCUCUGACCUGCGGUUUGACCACACUGAGGUGGACUUUGGACACUGCUCCGUUUAUGAGUCUGCUCAGAUUGCAGUGCUACUCACAAACUGUUCCUUAUUAGCUCAGGAGUUUGGCUUUGUGGGUAUUCCUAAGUUUAUUGACAUCCAACCUAAUGAUGGUUUUGGCACUUUGCUGCCUUCACAAAGCAUGGACAUCUACUUGAUCUUCAGUCCAUCAAAGGCAGGGGAAUACAACUUCACACUCACAUGCAAAACAAACAUUAACAGAGACUUCCUGUUGUCUUGUCGUGCGACUGCCAUUCAGCCCUCCUUGAAACUCUCUGAUUCUUUGGUUGAGUUUGGAGGCACGGCGGUGGGAGACCGGACCACUGCAGUACUGUAUGUGGAAAAUAUUAGUGCAGCAGCCCAGCUCUUCAACUUCUCUGUUCCAGAAAACUCUGACAUCACCAUCACACCUACUUCAGGAAGACUUCUACCUGGAAAGAAGUGUCUGGUUCAGGUUACAUUCAGCCCAACACUGUCUGAUGACACCAUCAACGCAGAAGCUCUUCGGCGGAGAGAGGAACUUCAUACUGAAACCAGCAGCUGCCAAAAUACAGAACCUGAUGCCAAAAGUAAUAUGGAGACCUCAUUGCUUUCAGUACAAGAUAAUGAAAGCAAAGUGAUGCCUGCAGUAGACAGCCCCGUCCAUUACACAAGCCCCGCUGAUAUCCAGGCAGGCUCUUUUGAAUAUUUGGCUGUGAAGGCUUCACUUUUGCGCUCUUUUACUGAGCGUCACGUUCGCUAUGUCAUAUCCUGCUUCAGCUCUCCAUCAGAUAUAGUGCUGGAAACAUCAGAGGAGCCCAGAUACAGCCCACAUGAGAUGCUCCAUCUGGAGUUACGCUGCCCAGCGGUCAGACCAGCAUUACUGCUCAUCUCUGACAGUGGACACAACACCAUACACUUUAAUCAGGUGGCAGUAGGUCAAAAAGUGUUGAAAAAGUUGAUAAUCCAGAACAUUUCUUCAGAGACUGUAAAGCUGACAUCAUCAUUGCUGGAUGUGACCGGGCCAUUUUCUGUGCUGAAUGCCAUGCGCUCCAUCGAUCCUGAGGAUACACACAUGAUCCUGAUUGCAUUUACACCCUCUCUGGACAAGAAGUACUAUGAAACGCUGGAGGUGAGCUGCAGUCAGAUGUCUCUGGAGCUGGCGUUGUGUGAAGCUGUAAAGCCCGUCAUCACCUGCUCCAUUGAAGGACACCUUGACUUUGACUGUGUUCCUGUAAACGAGUGCCUCGCACGUCUGAAGAACAUGUCCUCACUGGAGGUGCAGUUCAGCAUGCUGUUAGAAAGCCACUGUCUUAAAGAAGGGGACUCCACAGAACAUGCUGGUGCCCAGAGUGUGUUUCGUGUGUCUCUCCUCAGGGGUGCUAUCACUUCUGAAGGAGCGCUUGACCUUACUGUGACCUUCCAGCCCCAUCAUGAGAGUCUCCAUUACAGAGAUGUUCUCACAGUGCAGCUCAUGAACAAACAAACGCCGUGUGUGUUGGAGCUCCGGGGUUCUUCAUGUCAACACAAUAUGUUUGUCUGCGGUGGGGAUCCCAUAGAAGUCUGUCCUGAAGCACUCAUCCAAUCAGGACUCAUCAAACAUGAAGGUUACAAGUGUUUACUGCUGACACUGAGGAGUGAAUAUCAAGAGGGCAAAGCACUGGUAGCCACACGCAGACUUGAAGUGGGAUGUGUCUGCAGCACAAAAACAAGCACAAAAAAAGUGGUUGAGUUUAGCUGGGAGAAUAUCUCGCCGGUUGAGCAGCAGGGCUUCAAAGUGGCACCAAUGCAAGGAAGUGUGGAUGCAGGACAUAGAUGUCCCAUCACCAUCUCCUGGAUGCCACCUAGUGGUCUCACUCCGAACUCAGUGGUGCAAGCGUGUGGUGUGCUGACCGUCAGAGGAGAUGAGACGGACGUUUACCGGGUCACUCUGAUGGCCCUUACAGAGGAAAAUACAGCCACGUAGACUUCCAGUCAAAAUCUGUGCCAUGAUUUAUUGUUAUAUAAUUCACUGUCACUGAAUCCUGAUAUUUGUUUAAAUGUAGUUGUUAAAGAAAUCCUUUUGAUUAUGGAUUUCGUAUAAGUUUGUGGUCUUUUUAUGCACUGUAUAAAAGGAAUAUGUCCUUUUUGAAUUGCUUUCUCUGUAAUGUGCUGUCAGUACACUGUGCAACAAUAAAUGAUGUAAAAAAAAAAAGAAAAAAAAAAGGAUGAACUUCUUUUUAUAUAUACAGUAGUCAACAUUUGAAGUGGUUCAGAAAAGUUCAUCCAAGUUGUCCUAAAUAUAAUGAAAUAAUUUAAUUAGGGCGAUGACAUUUUUUAGUAUUUCAAUGCAGUUUUUACAAAUUAUUACUGAUUCUUUGACAUUGUUUUAUAUUGGUAUGUCUCCUCAUUGACGGUUUGAGCAAUAAUGUGAACGUGAGUUCCAUUAAUGGCUCAAAGGACUCUAGAAAAGCCCACAGUUCUCAUAAAAGUGGUUUGUUUUUGAAGAUGGACCAUAUAGUUGUGGAUAAAAGUGAUAAAAAAGAUAUCUUCACUGUUAGUUUAAAAAAAAAUUGUGAAAGAUUUUAUAAGCAGAUUACCUAUAGAGUCAAUUGUUUUAUUUAUGUUAUCGCAUUGAAACAUGCCAAAUUGUGUGGCAAAAAUUUUGGCCAUGCUAUCAUACAAAUGAUUUAAGAAAACAUGCAAAAAACAAAAGAGGACCUUUACAUUUUUAAUAAAUGCCAUUGCCAUUGUUGACAAUUUUUUUGAUUUUGUAACUUCCUCACCAUUUUUGAGAUAUUUUUCAAAAGCCAAGCAACAAAAUUAAUUUCUUGGACAAACCAAACUCUUCCACCAAUUUAUAUUUAUAUUUAUAUAGAUCAGUUAUCAUGCUGGGACACUUAACUUCUAGUGAUUAACGUUGAAUUGAUUACAGAGACCGUCUCUGCAUUUAAUAAGAAAUUGU